ACUGUUUGCUCGAUGACGAACGCUUUCUGCUGAAACCUUCGUUGUUUUGUUGCGUUCCUUUUUCUUCAUGUUUCACCUUACUUUGUUUUACCCAUUUCCUAUCCCGAAAAGUAGUCCAGCUGUUUUUUUUAAUUAAUUUUUUUACACAAACAUUUCAUUAUCAGAUAAGAAAUGAAUCCAUUCAUUUUAUGAAUAAAACUCCAUUAUGCCUGUUAAGCUGGUAUACUUUCUUUAAUUCUAUCUACUACUAGAUCAUAAAAGCUUCCAAAAUCAAAGUAAUAACAGAAUGAUAUUCCGUACCAAAUUUUUGAUCUUGAUGACAGCUUUUCUGUUUGCAAUGAUCGACGGAUACAAAUGUGACACACUGUCAUGUUUACCUGAAGUAAGUGAACUAGUUUCUGUUUGUAAUUAUCAAUGGAUUCACUAGUGAGACACUCGGAAUUUUACCUAAAAUAAGUGAAGUAGUCAAUGUUUGCAAUGAUUGACGGAUACAACUGUGACCCACUGGCCCUGCACCUAAAGUAAAUGAAGUAGUUUCUGUCUGAAUAUAUUACAAGUCUCAAUAAAUCAGUAGUUGCUGUUGUAUGUUUACAAGUCUCAAUAAAUUAGUUGUUGAUGUUUACAGGUCUAUUGAAUGUUCCAACAUAUUUUAGUUACAAUAUAUACAUAUGGGAUGUAUACAGUUUUGUUUGUUAGAUUAUUUCAAUGUGCCCAAUAUUUUCCCGCUCCUAGUUGGAUGCUCAAAUAAAUGCCCUGUUUAAAAGCCUAUUUAAUGACUUAAUGAUUCGAUGGCUAAUCUCCUGAUUAUAUCCUGAGUCAUAUCUUGUUUGAUGUCCUGUUCCUUGUCCCGUUUAAGAUCCUCUUUAAUGUCAUGUUUACCUUUAUUUUUAAGGUCCUAUUUCAUGUCCUGUUUAAUGCCCUGUUAAGUGUCCUGUUAAAUGUCCUGUUAUCUACUUUUUGAUGUCCUGAUGAUGUCCUGUUGAUUACCUGAAACUAUUCAGUACAUACACAAUUAGAAAACCAAAUGGAUUGUAAUAUGUCAUAGUUAUUAUAUGAAUGACAACGCCAUUUAAUUUACUAAUACAUACCAUAGUUGUUAAAUGAAUGACAAUAACAUUUAAUGUAGACACGAAAGUGUGUGAGCUACGGAGAUGUGAGAACUACAGUCAUAUUUUUCAACAGGAAUGUCAUGCCCUCGACCCGGAAGCCUUGUGUGAAGGAGGCAACUAUACAACCAUCCCCGACUUUGACUCUUGUGGUUUUCAUCUGACGGAACUGGCAUUUUCUGUAAGUCCUAAGCAGUGUAAUGUUAUUAAUAUGUUUCUCAAUUGAACUAACAACAAAUGUUAUGCAGAUUCAAAAAAGACAAAUGUAAUAUAUAGAUAUGUGAAAACUAAUAAUGUCAUUCAUCAAGUACUUAAGUAGUACUUCAUCUAGUACUUAAGUAGUAUUUGAGAUGAGCUCCACGACUGUUAAUUAUCAAAGAUGUUUAAAUCAUUUCUGGGAACAUAUGGAAUUGAAUAAUAUUUCUAUAACGCUUGUAUCCAUGCUACUAUAGCAAGGUCACAGUGCUCUGAUGUUCUUAAAGGUAUUUAAACAAUACAAAUUAAAUGUUUCUUAAAAGAUUUUUUUUUAUUGUCAAUGUGCCUCAAGGAUUGGGGCAAACUAUUCAAUCAUGUUGGUGCUAUCGCUUCAAAUGAGCGCACUCCGUACGGCUUUUUUUCUGUGUCUAUCCACACUGGGAACUCUCAGAAAGGACUGUGUUGAAGACCACAGGUUCUUUAAGGAUACGUGUUUAGAAAUCAAUUCCUUAAGGUAUUCUGGUGCUGAGCCAUCUAUACAGCUGUACGCUGGGAACAGAAUUGUGUAGGCAAUGCGCUCACUUACAGGAAGCCAAUGGAGAUCUCUAAGAACUGGGGUGAUGUGGUCAGAUUUAUUUAUUCGCGAAAAAUACGUGCUGAAGUAUUCAUUAUUAAAAUAACGUUUAAAUUGUCAAUAUAACGAUAUUGUACUAAAAAUAGUAAGACUUAAAACAUGACAUAAACUUAUAAUCUGUUGAUGUGUAGAACUAAGAAUAAGGCAUAAAUUAUUGACCUGUUGAUUUGUAAGACUUAGAUCAUGGCAUAAACUAAUAAACUAUUUAUCUGUAUGCAUCAGAAUAGAACAUAAACUAGUGACCUAUUGAUCUGUAGGCCUCAGAGUAGUGACCUAUUAAUAUAUAUGACUCAUAAUGGAAAAUAAACUAUUUACCUAUUGAUUUGCAGGGCCCAAAAUUGGACAUGAACUAUUAAUCCAUAAGACCAAGAAUAGGACAUAAAGUAUUGACCUACAGAUAUAUAGGACCCAUAACAGGACAUAAACUAUUGACCUAACGUUAAAAAAAUGAUGACGUUUGAAUGUAAGUUUAAUAAAAUUUUAGAAAAAUGAAAACGUCCUUUUUUUAUAGGGAUCUGUAAUCUCGAGUCUAACAGAUAACAGUAUACCCAGUGGACUGACGCAGUUAACAUUUGAUGAAACUAUAAUUUACCACAUCUCAGAUGGCGCAUUCAACAAGGUUGCAGGAACUUUGAGCUACCUGGCCUUCAACAGUGCAUUAUCUGGGAAAAUCCCAGACGCCUUUUUAAAACUCAACGCUUUGCGCAGCUUGGAGCUCAAUGCCAUUCAAAUGACAGACUGGAACAUCCCUGUCAUUCAAAAACUAGGACUGACUUUGACCUACUUAGGAACAACCAAUGUGGGACUCGUUACGUGGCCAAGUUGGUUCACGUAUUUUAAAGCUCUAACCGAAUUGAGAUUCUCAACAACGAAGUUUACGGACAUUCCCGAAAAUGCUUUCGUAAACACGACAGCAACACUUACCUCUUUGGAGCUAUCUUAUGGUAACCUAACGCGCAUACCUAAAGAGAUUUUUUACUUAAAAUCGCUUACCGAGCUUUAUCUGUAUGUAAAUCAAAUUACUGUCAUCGAAAAUUUGCCCCAUGAAGUCACGACGUUAGAUUUGAACGGUAAUUAUAUCGAGGAAAUUUACUCAGAUAGUUUUCACGUCGCCAGUAAACUCGAAGAUGUUACCCUCAACAACAAUCCAAUCACGAGAAUAGCUUCUGAUGCCUUUGUUAGCACGCCGAAUUUAAAGUACUUACAUUUAAUUGGGACCAAGCUAACGAGAAUGCCCCUGGCAGUGUCCAGUCUCCGGCAGCUGGCAAAACUAGAGUUUGGUGAGGACAAGACGUUGAUUUGUACUUGUUUAGAGGCCAGUUUGGGCGAUUGGAUUUUGUCUUUACCGAGUUUGUCCAUUUCCGGUGAAUGUAAUAGCAUAGACAUAAGGGAAUUUUUUACUAAACUUGCAUCACAGUGUCCUGUUUAAUGCAAAGGGAUGUACUUUUGUAACAAAUAUCAAUUUUAAAAUAAAAUAGUUAUUUUCCUUUAUUUUAUUCUUUUAUUUUCCCUGCACAUAGACAUAUUUAAUCAUAUUAGUCAUCAUAUUAUAAACAAACCCAUCAACAUAUACACAUAGUUUAAAUGUAAAAAAAAAAUUCUUUUAAAUAUUUUUUUCAUGCGCAUUCAAUGGCAAACAAAAUGUCUAACA